AUGGAAGUGCCUCUUAUUAAAGGGCGAAAUGUGCUUGAUGCAGUCCUGCCGGUGGACAGCAGGAUACGUCGUCCUGACCCUUCUGCUCCUGUGGCAGCCCAGGAGAGCCGCCCAGGCCCAGGCCGUGCCAGAGGACGGCUUCCUCCGCCCCGGGAGGAGAAGUCAGCUACUGACCUGGUGGCCAAAAUUUUGCUCCUCAACGAAUUGGUGUCCCUUGAAAACGAUGUCUUUGAGACCAAGAAGAAGAGGAGCUUCUCCGGGUUUGGCUCCCCACUUGACAGACUUUCGGUGGGCCUGAAAGCCAAGCAGAGGAAAGCUGUGGAGCUGCCAAAGAAGCGGUUUGGGAUUCCUCUAGAUCGGAUUGGCGUGAAUCGUUUGAGCGGCUCCAGAGGUUAGGAGACACGGAUUUCCUGCCUAGGCUGAAGCUGCCUCCAGAACAUACCCCCAGCCCAGAGAGAGAGCUUCAGUGGCCCCCCAGCCCCAGCCCAUUUCUUCCUGAUGACUUUGCAGUUAAGGAACCCUUUUGCUGAAAAAGUUCUGCCUCUCUGUAGCCAUCCGCGUAGCAACUCUUGCUGCUUUAGUUCACUGGAUCAGACUUAUUUUCACCUACGCUCUGUCCUACUGAUCGACAGGAACAGAAAGUGUGUGUGUGUGUGUGUGGAUGUGCACGUGUGUGGAUGUGUGUACUGUAUAAUAAUUUCAUUGCAUGCCAUUAAAAUAAAAUAAAAGGAUGAUUUCAGGAA